AUUGGGUUAAGUUCGUUCACUCGUCCCUCAUGAACGAAACGCACACAUACAGUCAUAUAGUUGCGGCUGAAUUUUUGUGAAAGGAAGUUGUAGCGCCGCGCAGUGCAUUUUUUUCUGUAACAACAACAACAACAACAUCAUCAUCAUCUCUACCUACAACAAGAAAAACUUCAGACAGUGCGCUCCCACAAUAAGAACAACAACGACGAGAACAAUUACAGAAAAGAAGAGAGCGAGAGACAAGUACCGUUAGAAGAACUUAACGAAAGAACUAUGAGUGUCGUCUGAGAGAGAGCGUACGCCAGAAGAAGACUACAACAACAACAACUGCAGCCGCACCAGACGAACAACAACUACCGCAAUUGACAACUAUCGAAGAGAGUCUCCGCUCUCAUUUUGAAUGUGUGUGGGGUGGUCCGUUCGUCGCAAAGAUAUCAAGUAGCAGAGGGAGAGACAGAGAGAGAGUGAGAUUGACGAGCGAACGACAAGCAACUUAACGGCACCUAUCAGCAGCAGGCCAGCUGAGAGCGCUGAGCGCCAGAGGCAGGAAACAAGCAGCUCUCUCUGCAUCUCUCGACAGCUUGAUCCCCACCACCAGCCCCGUCCUACGCCUACGCCAACCCCUCCCCCCACACACGCACACAAACCAUCACAGCAGCAAGUGAACGGUAUAUUUUUUUUUGCUAGAUCGAUAAAACAGAUAUCGAUAAACGUCUAUAUAAAUAUAUAUAUAAUUAUAUAUACCAAGAGAAAGAGCACGCGGAGUAUUUUGUUGAAAAAAUACUCGUGCCCCAAACACACUCAGGAUAUGUACGGCAACAAUAAUCCGGGUAGUAACAAUAAUAACGGUGGUUAUCCCCCAUACGGUUACAACAAGUCGAGCGGUGGGCGUGGAUUUGGCAUGUCGCAUUCAUUGCCAUCUGGAAUGGAUACAGAAUUCUCAUUUCCAAGUUCCUCGUCCCGUCGCGGUUACAAUGAGUUUCCCGGCGGCGGUGGCAUUGGCAUCGGCGCCAAUGGCGGCAGUGCCAAUAAUCUUGGCGGCAACAUGUGCAACCUGCUGCCAAUGACCAGCAACAAUUCGCUUAGCAAUCUAUGCGGACUGUCGCUGGGCAGCGGCGGCAGCGAUGAUCACAUGAUGAUGCACGAUCAGCGAUCGAGCAACACCAAUCUGAUUGUGAACUACUUGCCCCAGGACAUGACUGAUCGCGAGCUGUACGCCCUAUUCAGAGCCAUUGGACCCAUCAACACGUGCAGAAUCAUGAGAGACUAUAAGACUGGGUACAGUUUUGGCUAUGCUUUCGUGGACUUCACGUCGGAAAUGGACUCACAGCGCGCCAUCAAAGUUCUGAAUGGCAUUACGGUGCGCAACAAGCGGCUAAAGGUUUCUUAUGCUCGUCCUGGCGGUGAAUCCAUCAAGGAUACCAAUCUGUAUGUGACCAAUCUGCCGCGCACAAUUACCGAUGAUCAGCUGGACACGAUCUUUGGCAAAUACGGUUCCAUUGUGCAGAAGAAUAUCUUGCGUGACAAGCUGACCGGUCGGCCGAGGGGCGUGGCAUUUGUGCGCUAUAACAAGCGGGAGGAGGCACAGGAGGCCAUCUCGGCACUGAACAAUGUCAUACCCGAGGGCGGGUCCCAGCCGCUGUCCGUGCGCCUCGCCGAGGAGCAUGGCAAGGCGAAGGCGGCACACUUCAUGUCACAGAUGGGCGUGCCAGCGCCGAAUGCACCACCGCCGCCACCACCACCACCGCCGCAUAUGGCGGCCGGCUUCAACAACAUGGUUCACAGAGACGGAGCUAUGGAAAAAUUACGCUCAUUAUUCGAUGCUAUAUGCGAUGCUAUCUUUGGUCUCGAUAGUGACAACUUUGCCGAUUUGCUUGACGGACUGUACCGUAGGAAGUACCAUUAUCCCUACUUAUAAUUGACACCCCAUCAGCAGCAGCAACUACAACAACAUCAGCUGCAGGCGAUUGGCAAUAGCAACAGUAACACCAACAUUAACCACAUGCUACUCUACCAUCAGCACUAUCAUCAGCAACAACAAGAACUACAACGCCUGGGCAAUAAUGCUGCUGCUCACAGUUUGAGCCCGAAUGGAGGAAACAACAACAACAACUUCAACCAAUCUAAUAACAAUAGCUCUAACAACAACAACUCCAACAACAACAAUACCAACAAUCAUUUGGAUGUAAUACGACAGAACGGAGUCGCUGCUCUGAAUUAUCUUCAACAACAACUGCAGUUGCAGCAACCGCAAUCACAACAACCACUACUAUCACCACCACCGUAUCAGCCACAGUCACAGCCACAGCAACAGCAACAGCUGAAUGGACACUCAUCCCGUCAACAACAACAGCAAAAGAAUCAACAACCCUCCAGUAGUAGCAGUCUCAACAAUGGUCACACCAACAACCAUACCAACAGCUACAACAGCGGCAGUAAUGAGAUGCUCCACAGCAGUUACACCAAUAACAAUAGUAGUGGCCUUCCACUGACUAACAAUUACACCAACAGCAGUAAUAGUGGCCUGGCACUCAACAACACUUACACCAACAACAGUGGCAGUGGUCUGGCACUCAACAAUAGUUACAGAAACAUUAGUGGGAAUAACUUGGCCCUCAACAACACAAACAGUUACACCAACAACAGUAACAGUGGACUGUCACUCAACAACACUUACAACAACAACAAUAGGACGGGUCUGGCACUCAACAACAGCUUCACCAACCACAGUGGGAAUAGUCUGUCACUCAGCAACUUUACCAACAAUAGUAGCAGUAGCAGUGGUCUAGCGCGCCACAGCAGCUCAGGCCACACCAGUAGCUACACCAACAAUCAGAACAAUAGCCGCGCAGGCCCCAACAAUAGCUGCAGCAACAAAAGCAAUGACCUGCCACACAACAACAACAACAACAACAGCAGUCACAACAAUCAGAGCAAUGGCAGCCAUAGUAGUCGUUCCCCACAGCACGAGUUCAGCUUCAAUAUACCAACCCCUGAGCAGGAGCUGCAGCAGCAGACACUCAAGCUGCAGCAACUGCACAUCAGCAACAGCUUCCACGCAACAUCAGCAGCAACAAGUGAAGGUGCAACAACAGACACGACAGCGACAACCACAGCCAAUCACACAUCAAAUGUUGGCUUCCUCUGGCGUACAGAUAAUAUAUAAAACAAAUGAUAAGCAUAUAUAAUCUAGAACCUAAUAUGGAUCAUCGUAGUACCAGUAUCCAUCGAAACCAUUUAUCCAAUUAUAUAUAUAUAGAUAUAUAGAUACGAAACCCAAAUUUUUAUGUUCUCAAACCCCGAUACCUUUUUUUUGUGUAUGUUCCUCAUUCGAACUUUUAUGUUGUAGUACGUUUUUUUUCUUUUUGUGCUUUUUUUUGGGAAGAACCUUUUUUUUCUUUUUUGUAACUAGCUGUAAGACAAGACACGUAUACAUAUAUAUAAAAAGAUACAUAAAUAUAUAUAUAUAUAUAUAACCUAUAUAUAUAUAUAUGUAUAUAGAUCGAGAGGUCUAUAUCGGAAGGAACGAUCAUUUUUUUUGCGUACACCUAGAGAAAUAACUACGAAAACACACAUUUUUUUGUCACAUAUUUAUAAUAAUGAUAUAUAUAUAUCAAAAGGAAUAUAUACAAGAUUAUAUAUAUAUAUAUAUACAUAUAUACAAAAACACACACAUACACUUAUAUAUCUAAUACUAUAUAGCAUACUUGUAGGCGUGAGGACAUAAGCUCUAUUUUUUUUCUCCGUGUCUGAAACUGAAACUGAUUUUUUUGGCGCAAACAAUGCCGCAACAACGUACACGAGUUUCGUGUAUGUUUAUAGCUGAAGUUAAUCCAGAUACUAUGAUUAUCUUAUAAAUAUUGUUUUUUUUUCAUAAUUUAUAAUCAAAUUUUUUUGUCUAUUCAAUAUAUACCGUAACCAUAAUGGACUGGCAAGGUGGCUGCGCAUGCUCAAGUUUUCAGGCUGUUUAAGAAUAAACGAAAACAAAAAAUACAAGAGAAAUACUUAGCUAGAGAUAGGCUUGAGGUGAACUUUGAGUGGGAAACCCCGCACGAAAUUACAAAAUACCAAUUUUUUUCAUAGCUAUAGAGAAGAAACGCUUCUUUUUUUUUUAAUAACAUAAUAAUAAUCGAUGUGAAAUCCACUUUUUUUUUAGUUUAUUUUAUGAAAAAGCUUGAGCAUGUGGCAGCGAUAACGAAAAACAAGAAUUGUAAGAAGGAAAGCAAAAGAAUGAAUGAAACCACGUGAUAAAGAGUCCGACGAAACGGAAAAUCAGAAGAGACAGAAAUACAGAGAGAAGAAAUGGAAAAGCAAAUAAAAAGAAAAGCACUCAAAAUCUUAAGCGCCUGUGGGGUGGAGGUGAGGAACCUGGUCUAGGCAUAAAAUAAUAACCCAUCCCGCAUUGUUUUGUGUUUUUUUAUUUUCCGUAUUUAGUUGUAAGUUUUUUUUGGAUUUUCGUUUUAUUUUAUUAUGAUCUUUUUUUGGCCAGACAUUCUCUUCCCCGGAAAGCAGAGACAGCAUUCAUAAUUUUUUUCGGUGUAGGUGCAUAAAUUAAUGGAAAAACAGAAAACCCAGAGACAUGUAUAACGAUACAACUUUAGAAUAUUCGAUUAUACAUAUAUUUUCCGUUCAAACCUAUCAAUAUUUGUAUGCAUUAGUAGUUCAUGAAUGUGAAAACUUUUAAUUUGUCGACACGAAAUUUUUAUUAUUUGAAAUACCAUUUAUUUUCUAGUUGUAUUACACGGUCCCACAUCUGGCUUCGAAAUACAACAAUUACCAACAAAUAAGCAAGAAAAAUUAUCUAAUAAACAUUUUCACCAUCAGAAACAUU